AUGGCAUCCAACUUGCCCUCGUCAGCGCUGCCCUCCCCGGUGCAGUCAGGGUUCCACUACGAAAUCGUGACGGAUGCUCGGCUGAACAGUUGGUCACAAAAUGGCCGCCAAGAAGUGGUAGAUCAUGGAAUACAAUCACGGAACGACGAAGAUGUCCAGGAGCUUUCAACAAUAUUCCAGGAGCUUGUACAGUCAUGUCUCGACUUUCGCCUGAGAUCAGCGGAAGCUGGCGAGAUCGUCAAGCAAAUCAUCGGCACUCGACCUGGAGAUGCAGACACCAACCCUCGCGCGUUCGACACCCACACCCUACUCCUCGACACCCUCGCAAUCUACGUUGACGUCGGAUCUGGCUCUUACAAUGCGAACAUACGUGACUUUUUGGUCGCCACAGGCGUCGAUCCGGCGCUGAUGCGGACUGUUCUAGAACCGGCUCUGCUAGAGCAACUAGGACUUAUUCGCGAAACAUUCACCAAGAUGGGGAUCCGACAAGCUACCAACAUCCUUUACAAACAGGCCAACUACAAUCUGUUGCGGGAGGAAACCGAAGGAUAUGCGAAGCUUGCCACGGAGCUCUUCACAACCUCUAACACCGAACCUCCGACUUCAGAAGCUAUCCAGAACGCCUUUGAGCGGGUGAAAGGUCUGAUUGGAACGUUCGAUCUGGAUGUUGGGCGCGUCCUCGAUGUAACGCUCGACGUCUUUGCUUCUGUUCUCAUAAAGCAGAACCGCUUCUUCGUCAAGUUCCUCCGAAUCAGCUCAUGGUGGCCACGCAGCCACACCAAGUCUUCCAAUGCUCUGGGAGGGCUCCCCAAAUGGGCGCUUCCGGAGUCAGCGCACUGGACAAUUAGUGCGGAAGAACAAGUCGUCAUCACGGAACAGCGCCGCCAGCGCGAUGUUCGAUUCUGGGACAGGGCCCGUGAAGCGCACCUUGACGCCUACUUUGAACUUGGUGGGCGGCAAGUCGAGGAUGCCGAGCUCAAUCGUUUGCAGGCUGUCCUCGAUGCCAACACGGAGUCUGACGACGCCAUGUCUCUGCUCGACCCAACGGCGCAGUGGAUGGUGACCACCAAAACCUUUCCACCACAGGGCAACAGAGUCGCUGCACAGCUGCUAGGGUUCAAGUUGAGGUUCUACGAGUCCAAGGCUGCGGGCGAAGAAGUGGUUCCUGCCAACCUCUUCUUCAUGACAGCUUUGCUUAUCAAGAUAGGCUUCAUCUCACUAGCUGACCUGUGGCCGCAUCUUGCUCCGUCUGAUGAAGAAAUGCACACAGAUGUCAGAGACAAGAGAUUGAAAAUCCUUGAGGAGGAGGAGAGGGCGAAGACCGGCAGAGGCCGUGGUGCUCUCGCUAUGGCCGGAGCACUACCUUCUGACGAGCCCGAGGCGCCAAGACCGAGCAAGGUCGUUACGGAGACCAAGACCAAACCCACCACCGAGCCGGCGAAGAAAGGCAAGCCUGAAUACUAUCAAAAGUUCUCAUUGGUCACUGAGCUUCUCACUCUCGGCGCACUUCCGGAUGCCCUCUUCGUCUUGACCCGCUUUCCGUGGCUGACGGAAGCCUUUCCAGAGCUUCUCAAGCUCAUCAACCGCAUAAUUUCGCAUUCGGUACAGAAAGUCUUCGAAGAGACUAGAACUACAUCCGGCGAGCUUGGCAGUAACUUGGAGAUCCCACUGAAGAGAAUGCCAGAUAUUGAUCAGGGAGGGGUUUCGAAGGGAUCCGUACGGCUUACCCAGUCCACUCCCAAGCGGCCACUUCGCUGGCCACAUCCAGCAGGCGAGAAGGACAACACGUUGUACCGAUGUUACUGGGAUGACUGGGCCGACAACAUUCCAGUCUGCCAAACGAUUGAGGAUGUCUUAACGCUAUGCGACACACUCAUGAAUUUCUCAGGAGUGAACAUCGGCAAGGAUGCGGCGCUACUGUCCAAAAUUGCCGCCAUCGGAGCUGCGAGCCUGGCCCAGGAUCAGUCUCCCGAGAACAUGGGACGUUGGCAAGAUCUAUUGAAGCGAUUGCUGGUUCCUGCUCUGAGCAUGACUGAAGCCAACUCGUUCGCUGUCCAGGCUGUUUGGGAUCUUUUGAAGCUGUAUCCAAUUACCACCCGGUACAACAUCUACGCAGAGUGGUUCCAGGGCCAGACCUCACGUAAUUCGUGGAUCAAGUCGGCUUUCGCAAGAACCAGAUCAGAGACCAACGGCAUUCUCAAGCGACUCUCCCUGGAGAACCUGUCUACAAUGGCCAAGAAACUAGCCAAGACUGCGUACGCAUCUCCGGGUGUGGUGUUCAAGACUGCCUUCGACCAGAUCGAAGCAUACCCGAAUUUGAUCGAGGCUUUCGUCGAGUGCGCUCGAUAUCUUACUGACCUAGGUUACGAUGUCCUAACUUGGUCUUUGAUGAGUGCUCUAGGCGGAAAAGCCAGGAGCCGAACCCAGGAAACGUCCGUAUUGCUCACAAGCAAGUGGCUCCAGGCUCUCUCAAGAUUCUCCGGGAAGGUGUUCAAGCGAUACCAGCACAUGAAGCCGUUGCCUGUCUUGCAGUACGUUAACAACCAACUGUCCAAGGGCAAUUCCACAGACCUGGUAAUUCUUCGAGAGCUCAUCUCAACAAUGGCCGGCGUGGUGCCUGAUGUUGACUUCACCGACGCUCAAAUGCGAGCCAUGACAGGCGGCGAAGUUCUCCGUCGACAAGCACUCAUAAGUCUGGGAGAUCGCAGAGACGUAUCCGUGCAUGGCGCGGAACGCCUUGUGCAGUCUUUGAUGGAUACCAAGCUCGCCGGGAGACUUUUGGUAAAUCUGGCCCAGUACCGCCAAUCGGCUCUCUACAAAUUGCCCGAGGAAGAAGCACAUGUGAAAUAUUUGGCCACAAUCAUGGACGAAGUACACCAGGCCUUGGUACAGUACCUCGAUUUCUUGCGCAGCAAUUUGACACCCGAUCUCUUCGACGCCAAUAUCCCGGGCAUAAUCGAAUUGAUGGUUGGGUAUGGUCUGGAUGUGGAUCUAGCAUUCAUGGUCGGCAGAGCUAGCCUGGCACACCGCAUGGCAAAUAGCAAGAUCGCCACUCAACCUCUCGCCAAGGACGACCGGGGUGAUAACCAGCCCGCCCAAGAGGGCGCGGAUGCAGAUGGUGAUCUAGCCAUGAAUGGAGAUUCUGAAUCACUGGCUACCAAGGACAAUCCGGAGAAGGACGAGAAUGAGGACAAGAUGGCUCUGGACGAGAACACCUCUACUGCACCAUCGCCGCCUACUACGGCUGACACGCGAAAGUCGGACCCAAUCGCUGAUGUUCUUCAGCCGCUCGUCAACACUAUUCAAGACCUGCGACCGCCGGAGACCUGGCAACACCUAAGCCCAGAAUUUUACGUUAUUUUCUGGUCGCUAUCACUAGGUGAUUUGCACGUUCCACAGUCGAACUAUGAGGCUGAACACGAAAGGCUCAACAAGGAAGCAGAAGACGUCAUGAAAGAUCGAUCUGAUCUGACCCGACAGGGCAUGAACAAGAAAGCGGAGAAGAAGAAAUCACUUCUGGGCCUCGCAAAGUCAAUUCGCGAGGAAAUGACAGUACACAUCGAGCGGUACCACAAGACGAAGCUCCGGCUGGCGAGACAGUCUAAAUCGUGGUUCUCUGGAACCAUUGCUGAGGCUAACCUGACUUCGGACGCCCUGCUCGAACACUGCAUUCUACCCCGGCUCCUUGUUUCGUCCUUGGACACAGAAUAUUGUUUCAGGAUGAUCAAGUUCCUCCACGAGAACCAGACGCCAAACUUCAAGCUGUUCUCUUUCUACGAGCGAUUUUUCAACGCCAACAGACUUCGAGCAAUGAUAUUCUCAAGCACGGUUCGUGAAGCAGAGCACUUGGGACGCUUCAUCAAGUGCAUACUAGAGGAUCUGGCCAGAUGGCAUGCCGACAAGACAGCCUAUGAGAAAGAGGCAUUUGGCAAAACCAAACGAAAUCUUCUGGGGUUCGCGACGGCAGUUGAUGACGAGGGCAAUCCAACAAGCUUCAUUGAACAUCCGUUCUUCCGAGAUUCUCACUACGAGUGGCAUAAGAACCUCAAUGUAGCGCUGAAAGCCUGCUUGCAAGGCACGAAAGAGUGGAUGCACAUCAGGAACGCCUUCACAGUUCUCAAGGCAGUUUCAAGCUUCUUCCCGGCAGUCAAUUUCAUGGGGACCCAGCUCUUAAAGGUGCUUGACGAGAUCAAGACACGCGAAGAGGUCACGAAAGGCUCGUCAGAAGAAGGGCACCGUGUUGAUCUUGCCGUCACCGCUCUCACCGUCUAUUCCAUGCUAAAGAAGCGAGAGUCCAAAUGGGUUGCUGUCCCAGCUUUCCGCCCCAACAUGCGACUGCGGCUCCGAGAGGUGACAGAGUGCCUCACGGGUUACCCAGCCGCCCAGAAGUUCCAAUUCCUCCUCACUAUCGACCAGAACUUUUCCCGCAAGGACAUGGGCAGGACCGCCGCGACCCGCCACGAGAAGCCCGAGAAGCCCGUGAUCAGAAGGAGCCGCCGCGUGAGACGAGGGAUCCAAGAGAUCGUUUCCGAGAUCAACUUCGGGAGCAGAGGGAACCCUCUCGCGACGGCAGAGACUCGAGGGAGCACCGUCAGCCAGAGAGCGGUCGUGUGGAGCGACGUGACCCAGAACCAGACCGUCGAGCGAACGAGCGCGUGUCUCACUAGUCACCCGAACACCCCUGUUGCGGAACAAAACGCCCCACACUCUGCCCCGACGGGCCCGUCCGCAAACAAGGAGCGACAGCGAGGCAGCAUUCGAAGACAGCUUGAGAAGCUUCAAGACAAUAUCACUCCCGGAAACAAGCGGGAUAGUGACCACCGUAGGCCCAGGCAGAGCAUGCCAGAUUCCGAUGCGCAAAUACUUACCGGCGCAUCACCAGUCUCGACCCCAGUCCAGGAGCGGCCCGACCCCAUACGGCGAAACGUGACGCAGGACCGCCCUGCGCCCGGGAACGACGUUAGCGGUCUGCCACUUCGUGACUCGAGGAGCGAUGUGCACGAGGACUUCUCUGGUAGUAGAGCAAUCGCAUCCGCGACCCUAAUCAUGAACCGAUCCAACCUCGACGGCCUGCAAGAGAACCUGCUUCUACAAGUGGCAACCGCGACUCUUUACCUGGUGGUGGUAGGGAAGCUUCGGGUUCCGGUCGCGAACCACGACAUCGGGGCGAUAGCAGAGGUGACAGUAGCAGAGGCGAUGGCGGCAAUGGAGGAAGACCAGGCGAUGAAUGGGGUGGUAACAGUAGAGGUGGAUCGAUGCGCGGUGGACCGAGAGAGGGACCAAGAGAUGGGCCUAGAGAAGGGCCCAGAGACGGGCCGGCACGGCUGGGUGAUGAUCGACGAGAUCCCAGAGAAGCGUCCCCCAUACGGUCCGUCGUUCAAGAUGUGA